UCCUUAACCCCGCCUCCUCCAUAAACCAGGAAGAUAACCUCACCGAAACCCGUCUUGGUAACGUCAAAACGUCGCUGUGUGCCGGAGAAAAGCAGUAGCAGCAGACAGACUUACAGCUGCGUUACAUCGGCAGGAAGAUAAACAACAAAUUUCUAGAUUUAACACCAGCUGCGUUCCUUUUAACCGAACAUAGCAGCCUUUUUAGCUCGGUUAGUUAGCUUGUUUGCUAACUUUAAUAGAGACUCUUGGAGAGCUUGCGCAAGACGCUUUAGCGAAUCAUCUAGAUUUUAAACCUCCGUUAACAUCUCACCAUGGGAUCCAGAGCGUCCAGAUUACUCAGAGAAGAGGAAAUUGAAGAAAUUAAGAAGGAAACUGGCUUUUCCCACAGUCAGAUCACUCGCCUGUACAGCCGUUUCACCAGCCUGGAUAAAGGGGAAAACGGCACCCUCAGUCGAGAAGAUUUCCAGAGAAUCCCCGAGUUGGCCAUCAACCCUCUGGGAGAUAGAAUCAUCAACGCAUUCUUUCCUGAGGGAGAGGACCAGGUAAAUUUCCGGGGCUUCAUGCGGACCCUGGCUCACUUCAGACCAAUCGAAGACAACGAGAAGAACAAGAACCCCUCAGCUACAGAGCCCCUGAACAGCAGGACAAACAAGCUGCUUUUUGCUUUCCGUCUGUAUGACCUGGACAGAGAUGACAAGAUCUCCCGAGACGAGCUCCUGCAGGUCUUGCGGAUGAUGGUUGGAGUUAACAUUUCAGAUGAACAACUCGGCAGCAUUGCUGAUAGGACCAUCCAGGAGGCUGACACAAACGGAGAUAGCUGCAUUUCCUUCAAUGAGUUUAUCAAGGUCUUGGAAAAGGUGGAUGUGGAACAGAAGAUGAGCAUCCGGUUCCUGCACUAAAGUUUCAUUAUUGUUAUCAUUUUUUUUUUUGUGUAAUUCUAUUUAGAGUAGCACUUGAACAUGUCCGUUGAUUUCAAGACACAAUCUCAUCCGGCUGCUCAACGAGCUGCUGUGGCCCACACUAUGGGUUCAGUCCUUCAGGCCAAGCAUUGGGUAGAUACCAUAAUAAAUCUUGAGUUUCGGCCUUUGCACUGCUCUGUAAACAAAGGGAAACGUUGCGUGCCUUGGGUUGUUUUAUGCAAUGUCACUAUGUAUUUUUUUCCCCAGUAAUGAUACAUUAUUGAUACUGAUAUUUAGCCCAUGCUGCAUCUUUGUCCAUAUAAAUAUGCAAAGAUUCAAAAUUGUGUGAUUCCACUUCAAAAUGUCAGUGUUUUAAUGCCAUCUGUUAUGAAUUGUUUCCUUUGAGCGAGCCAGACCAGCCAAUCCGAGUUUGUCUCUUGAAGCAAAAUCGGACUGACCUGUUCCUCAGGUUCUUGUGUAAUUCACUGAAGUGUCUGGUUCCCCUUUGUAAGUUAUUAGCUAAACAGUAACCCAUGGCCAUGUUUGUGUACGGUUUCAUAUAAUUAACAGAGCUGCUGCCAGUAGAAUCUAAAGCUACUUUUAGCUGCUCCCGUAUUUACAGUGGGUAGGACCACAUGUUUGAUGUUGGCAGUUUUUAAGCCGGAUGCCCUUCACGACUGGGAUCAAACCCUGGAAUCUCAUUUGUUAGAUGAAUGUGUAAACCACUACACCGUGGAUCAACUGCUACCUGUAGACUCAAAUUAUGGGCCUGUUGGAGCCACUGGAGUGCCUCACUCAAUUAGAGGUGAGAACGGUGGCAUGGAGAUUUCAAAAAUGCUGGUGUCUCAUCAGUAUGUGAGACGUUCACAGCAGGUUUUUUGAUAUCCUCAAAAAGUAUCUGCCACCUGGACCAGCCCUCAAAGGCUUUAAGACUUAAAGAAGGCCUUGCUAUAAGUACUGUUUUGGAAAUUGGGCUGUGGGAUCAGCUGGUCUGUAGACUUAGAGCAGGCAAAGAUAACAUACUGUGCUUUUACUCAUUUGAUCAGUUUCCCUGCAGCUAAGGAAAAAUGCUGAUUUCUCCUCUGCUCUGUAUUUCUUAGAAUGUCUUUCCUCACUGACCAGCGCCUGAUGCAUUGGGCAUAUUAUUUUUUUUGGGACAUGUCACUGUGCAUGACCCCUUUUAAAUCUUUAAUGUGAGUCUGUAAAGUCAUUACUAGAGCACCCUCCAGUGCAGGAAACACAGCUCAACCAUUUUAUCAAUCAUUCUGUGAUCAUCAGUCAGAUGUGAAUCACGUUAUGUGAUGUUGGUCGAGGUAUUAUCAAAGUGAUUCAGGAAUUUGAUUUGAAUAAAAAUAAGUGCCAUGCUU